AUGGUGCUCAACGUCGCGGCCAUGAUAGGCCUCCUCGAAGACCUCGCCGUGUCCGACCAAAUCUUUCUCGACAACUGCUUCACUCAGGACGGGGACACCAAUAUCGUUGAAGUCGCGAUGGACCGAUUACAGCGGCUCCGAGUGCAAGACAAGCUGUCCUCUAUGGCCAAACUGCGAACCAAGAACACCCUGUUUGAACACUACCUCUACGCCUUUGGCAAGCACAAGCUGCACGACCUGAAGAUCGAAACGUCGGUGUCUCCAGAGGGCCUGUUAGUCGAUAUGAGCGACUAUCAGUUGGGAUCUGUUGUUGACUUGACCAUCCUACGCAAUCGAAUCCGAGUGCACCGCGAAGCUCUCAAGAAAACCGACACCGAGAUGAGUGUUGUUAACCAUGGCGAACAAAUCAACACUCAUCGCACGAUGUGGGCGUUUUAG